GGCCACAUCCUCAAAAUCAAAUGUCGCAGUUUUCCUUCAUUUUGGCUCUCCUCCCUCCUUGCUCUUCUUUCCUUAUUAAUGGAGUCACAGGUUCUGAUGAAUCCUCAACAAUCAAUUACGAGUUGAACGAAGAAGGAGAGAGAAAAUGAUCAGACGAAUUUCACAAAUUUCCAACAUCUUCUCACAUGCAUCCGUUCGUCAUCAUCCUCAAUUUCGUCACAAAUUCAUCAGAUUCUACUCUAAGCGUCCAGGACCAUUGGUACAAUACCAGAAUCUGGUUGACCAAGGGAAGUUACAGCAUGAUCCAUAUCAAGAAAGAGUCGCUUCAGAGUUGGAAAAUCUUAUGGGGAGGUUGGAGAAAUAUGAGAAAGAUAUGGAGGAAUAUCAUCAAAAGUUAGCCAGCUGGGAGAAGAAAAGAGAGGAAGAGCAUCGCCGGAUUCUAAUGGAGGAGGCACAGCGCAGACAAGAGGGUGGUAUGUGGUCAGAAAUAAAGAAGAAACGAAAUACAUUGGUUGACAGUUGGGCGACUCGGAGAAAUUCUCAGGAUGUAGAACCAGGAGUGGGAAAGCGGGUUUCGUACCUGAAUAGGGAGAAGAAGUUAGAUUCUAUAAUUGGUCAACGUCCAGUUGCUCCUGUGGCCCCAAAAGGAUUAUAUUUGUAUGGAAAUGUGGGAAGUGGAAAAACUAUGCUGAUGGACAUGUUUUAUAGUGCAACAGAAGGAGUUGUUAAGCAUCGAAGAAGGUUUCACUUUCACGAGGCUAUGCUAGAAAUUAAUGAACAUAUGCAUAAUAUAUGGAAGAAUCAAGUGGAAGAAAAACCCAUGCAGUCGAGUAUAUCUAGCUGGAUUAUGAAUCUUCCCUUUGAUACCAAAGUCAAAGAAUGGUUGGCUGGGGAAGAACUCUAUAAGCAAGAAGUGCAAAUGAACCACAUUCUUCCUGCUGUGGCAGAUAAAUUUUUGGUUGGUCAACAAGUUGGUCAAAGAGGUGCUAGCAUUCUUUGCUUUGAUGAGAUACAGGCUGUUGAUGUAUUUGCUAUUGUGACCUUAUCUGGAAUUGUUAGCAGAUUGCUGAGCACUGGAACUGUGCUUGUAGCUACCAGUAAUCGAGCUCCCAGAGACUUGAAUCAGGAUGGAAUGCAGAAGGAGAUCUUCCUAAAGCUGGUUGAGAAGUUGGAAGAACAUUGCCAGAAUGUUCUUAUCGGCAGUGAGAUAGAUUAUCGCCGACUUGUUGCUCAGGGAUCCAAAAGUCAGGUCAACUACUUCUGUCCUUUAGAUAGCAAGGCAUUGCAGGAAUUUGACAAAUCAUGGUGUGAGGUCACUAAUGAAUAUGGAGGAAUUGUGACAACUGAGUCUAUUCCAGUGAUGUUUGGAAGGUCUUUAGAUGUUCCUCAAAGCUGCAAUGGGGUUGCACGUUUUUCAUUUGAGUAUCUUUGUGGAAGACCGGUUGGGGCUGCAGACUAUAUUGCAUUAGCUAAAAACUACCACACAGUCUUUAUUUCUGACAUACCGGCAAUGAGCAUGCGUAUCAGGGACAAGGCACGGAGAUUUAUUACUCUCAUAGAUGAACUAUACAACCAUCACUGUCGUCUAUUUUGUUCUGCUGCUUGUUCCAUUGAUGACCUUUUCCAAGGAACCGAAGAAGGAACUCUUUUCGAUUUGGAAAGUUUUCAGUUCGAAACAGAGAUGGAAGGUUCAAAACUUCGCAGGGAUGUCUUAACAGAAGGCAGUAUGGGUUCUGGUGGUUCCCCAAGUGGCAUUAUAUCCAUAUUAUCUGCACAAGAAGAAAUGUUUGCCUUCCAUAGAGCUAUCUCCCGCUUGAUAGAAAUGCAGACCCCUUUGUAUCUGGAAGGAGUUCGUGGUUUGCAUCCAUACUUCCAGAGACAACCCAUUCAUCAUGAGAACAAUCAUACAAGAACAUUGCAAUCUCAAACAUCCAUUUGACCUUUUUUACCUUAAAAUUUUACCUGAUCACCUGUUUUUUCCUUGUAUCUGUUUAUUCUUUGACUUGGGUGUAUACAUCCUCCUAAAGUUUAUCCAUUGUUUUACUAUAUGCUAUGAGCUAAUGGUUUCUGUUAUAAUAAAGUUAUGGAGUAUGAAAUUGUACUCUUACAAUUCUA